UAACCCUUUCCUUUAUUUGUCCAGUACUAGCCGUCCUAAAACGAGUGAGUGACGCAACGAAACAGGCUGACCUAGAACUUCUCGAGUCAUGUGCAGCAGAAUAUGCGGAACGACUGUAGAUGUGGGAUUUCUAACAGGAACGUAGCAAAUACCGGGGAUUCUGGCAUUCGCCGCAUCAAUGGACCAAUCUUUUCGGACUGGAAGCAAUUACCCGAAGGUCACCCUAAGGUUCUCCAGGACGUUCAGAAGUCUUAGUGCUGAUCUAAUCCGCUCAGAGAUGUCGUCGUGGUAGCUGGCUAAUUGCCGGAAAGGCAGAGGAGCCAUGGCUCAGAUUAUUCGCAGGCUAUGGGGCCCGAAGCCGGUGAAGCAGGCACCAAGAGGGCUCUUCUGCGUGAGCGAACGCGUGUAUGUCUUCUCCUCGUGCAACUCCACGGAGGCGCACGACAAGGAGACCUACCGCGCGUACCUGCACCAGGUGGCGGCGGAGCUCAACGAAGCCUACCCCGAGGGCUCCUUCCUCGUCUUCAACUUCCGCCAGGGCCACCCGUCCGCCUCGUCCUCGCGGCGGAGCCUGCUGGCGGAGGUCCUGGCGGAGUUUGAGAUGACGGUGCUGGAGUACCCAAGGCACUAUGAGGGGUGCCCUAUUUUGCCGCUGGAUAUGGUGCAGCAUUUUUUAAGGAGCAGUGAUAGCUGGCUGAAGCAUGCGGACGAGGUGGACGAUUUUCAGCACCUGAGCCCUGCCGCUGGCGGCGGUGCUGCUGCUGCUGCCGCUGCUGCUGCUGCUCGGAUAGGGGAGGAUGGUGGUAGAGGGUGUGGAGAUGCGGAGUUGGAUGCGCUUGCGGAUUGGCGUGAGGAUACGUGUACGGUCAGGGGAAAGGAUGGAGACGCGGAGGUGCGGAACGGUGAGACCUUGCAGCUGCCUGCGUCGUCACCUCCUUUCACCCUGCGUUUUCCGCCUCCUUCUCCGUCUCCUUCUCCCUCCCCGAGAACGGUGCCCCAUUCCACAAACCACCACCAAAACCACCGCCAGCACCACCACCAUAAUAACUAUCACCAUUACAACCACACCCACACCCACCACCGCCAUCAUCAGCAUCACGAGCAGCACCAGCAGCACCAGCACCAGCGGCAGCACCACCACGAGCAGAACGUGGUGCUUUUUCACUGCGAGCACGGCGGGUGGCCCGUGCUGUCCUUCAUGAUCGCGUGCUUCCUGGUGUACCGCAAGCAGGGCGCGCUCACAGCCAUGAGCGAGGAGGACACGCUGCUGGCAGUGCAGAAGGGGGGAGGGUCACGGGAACUGCUGAAGCUGCUGUACCCUGUCGACCCCACUGCCUCGCAGGUGCGGUAUCUCGAGUAUGUGAGCCGGCGCAGCAGUAUGCCCACGUGGCCUCCAGAGGAGCGCGUAGUACAGCUCGACUGCAUCAUCCUGCGCACUGUUCCCAGAUUCGAUUCUGCGGGCGGCUGCCGCCCCGCGAUCAAGAUCUACGGGCGGGUGCCGGAUAGUCCCCAUAGGGAAACGACGCUGCUGUUUCACAGCCUGAAGCGGCCACAGAGGGGAGCAGGAGGGAAGGGGGGGUUCAUUCCGCACUACAAGCAGGGCGACACGGAGGUGGUGAAGGUGAACGUGCAGGCGGCGCUGCAGGGCGACGUGCUGCUGGAGUGCGUGCACGUGGACGAGGAGGGCGAGGGCGAGGACAUCAUGUUCCAGCUCGUCUUCAGCACCGCCUUCCUGCGCUCCAACAUGCUGCUGCUCGAGCGCUCGCAGCUCGACAUCCUCUGGGACGCCACCAAAAGCUUUUCGGACGACUUCCGAGUCGAGCUGCUAUUCGCCGAGCCCGACCAUGACAUCCCGCCCACCCCGUUGCCCAUGUUCCUCCACAGCGAUUCCUCCCGACAGCUCUCCUUCGGCACGCCUCCCUCGCCCUCCCCGCUCCCCGACGAGGACUUUCAGAAGCUCGCUGCGCUCUUCCAGUCCUCCAACUGGUCCUCGGACGACAGCCGCAGAGCGCUGGACCACCUGCGCCUGCAGUUCCUGGGGGAAGGUGCAGGAGGAGGAGGAGGAGGAAUGCCUGCCUCUCCUGGCUUUUCGAUUCCGCCUUCUCUCGCCGCGUCGAUUGGUUCGGGUUCGGGCUCGGUGCUAGGGUCGCUCGCCGGGUCUUUAUGUGCGUCUGCUGUGUGCUCGCCUAGAGCGAGUGGGUUUCCUGGCAAGCCCAUUCAUCCCCAAGUGCAGCUGCUGCGAAGCGGGCUAAGUGCUGGUGGUUCCAGUGACUUCUCCUGCACGCUCUCUCCUGUUUCGUCCGUGUCCACGGCAGCAAAUGAUAAGCAACACGUGGCGCGACCCAAGUGGUCGGUUCAUGACUUGGAGGAUGAGGAGGCGGACUUCUCCAAGCUUGUGGAUGAGGCAGGUGAUGAGUCAUCAUCUCGUGACACGUCACCGACUCUCUCCAGCGACGUGAUUGGCUCGCGGGGAUCCACAAGGGAGUCCAGCUCAUCACCCCCUGCAGCUCAUAAGCUUCUCGCCUCUCCUCGCAAUUCUAGUGGCGGCGGCGGUGGUGGUGGUGGUGGUGGUAGGAGCGGUAGUGCCAGUAUAACCCGGGCUAGGCAGAGGGCACAAAGAGCAGCCGUGCAGACUGGCAGACUGGGGAAGGUCGAUCUGAGUGCGCUGAGUGUGGGAGUGCUGUUUGGGGGAUCGGUGGAGGAGGAAGAGGAGGAGGACGACGAGGAGGAGGAGGGCGUGGGGGAGGAGGACUCACGGGAGAAGCAGCUGCGGAUGCUGCGGGUCAUAGGCAGGAUUGGUGCGGCUGCUGGUGGUGCUGGUGGUGCUGGUGGUGCUAGUGCGGGUGGUGGUGCUGGUGCUGGUAGUGGGGGUGGGGAUGCAAGAGGGAAGGGAGGAGUGAGAGGAGGGGUGGUAAGUGGUACUGGUAACCAUCGCAAUGGUGUCAUAAGGUUUGCAUCAUCGAGUGUGAAUGAGCAUGGGGACUUGGCUAGUGCUAGAGGAAACGCUGGCUUGGUUCUAGGGUUUGGCUGGAAGGAUCCUGGUCGGAGGUCAAUCGAGGGGGGAUCAGGGCAAGGCACAGGGAGCCGGAAAACAGCAGGUUCUGGCACUGGGGGUGGUGCUGGCAGUGGCAUUGGCAGUCAAGCCGGCAGUUCGGGCUGCGCAAGGGAAGGGUUACACGCGCUGAAAGGGCAGCUGGAAAUUCCCCGGCACAGGCUGAAGCAGGCACGCAGCCACAAGCACGGGCAUGAGCUGGCUCUCCUGCCACUAGACUUGGCUGGCGGCGGCCCCUCACUGUUCCGCUUCGAGCAAGACCUCCCUCUGCCUGCUGUGCUGGCGGCACGAGGCGAGGCGAGGUUGAGACUAAGUGAUCUGGACAGGGGGGGGGAAGGCCGAGGGAAGGAGACGAUUGGGAGGAAGGAAUUGGGAGGAGGGAGGUCGAGAGGGACGAGGGUAGAAGCUGUAGGAGGCAGGGGAGGUAGCUCUGAAGGGCCAGCAGAGGGUAAGGUGGGAAGUGCGGCAAGUGUGGAAGGUGCAGGGGGGGGGUCGGAGAAAGAGACAGGAGCAGAGCUCACGCUGGGAUCGCCUGCCGAGUGGAACGAAUUUCGCAAGAAGUCUCGGAGGGAGUUUGUGAAGGGCCUGUCACUCAAGAUCCCUGGCAGCGCAGGGGACAUGGACAGGGGCAAUAACGAUGGGGAGGACAACGAUGAGGACGAUGACAGCAGCAGCAUGGACGGAGGAGCCCCCUUGUCGGUGCGGCAGCGGUGUGCGUCUCUGGGCAGCCGGGGAGGGAGCUUCAAGGGAGACAAGGGGUCCCUGGAUAGUCCCUCCGCGCCGAGACUGGGCUCGGAGCUGGCGGCUCUGGGAAGCAGAUCGGGCAGAGUAGCGCAGCUGAGACUGAGCCUGCAGCAGGAGCUUGAGAGGGACAAGGAGAAGGACGGAGGGGCAGGGGCAGGGGCAGGGGUAGGGGCGCAGUAUGGGUCGCCUAGGCCAGUGAUAGAUGAGUGCUUGUCUGCGAGGCAUAAGCUGCAUGUGGUGUGGCCCCCACCUGGUCAUAUGCUGGCAGGAGGAGAAGGCGGAGGUGAGGGAGGUGGUGGUGGUGCGGGGGGUGGUGGGAGAGGGAGUGGAAAGCGACACUCGACAGGAGGGUUGGGGAUGGAGGGAGGGGGGGAGAGGAAGGGGUCGGGGCUGGUGCGGAGUUUCAGCAGGCGGUUUAGUGGCGGUGAUUUGGGGCUGACGACGCCGAAUAAGGUGCAGACACCAAACGCUGCUGCUGUUGCAGCAGCGGCUCUGAUUUCUAGGGCGCCUGUUCCGUCCGCUGUUGGAGAUGCUGAUGCUGAUACUGCCACUGCUCGUGCUGGUGGUGGUGCUGCUGCUGGUGCUGCUGCUGGUGCUGCUGCUGGUGCUGCUGCUGGUUGUGCAGGUGGCAUUGGUGGUUUAGGCACAGCGAGUGCUCCUGCAGCUGGAAACGCAGCUUCCCCUACCGCCAACAGUGCCUCUUCCUGCUCCCCCCCGCCUCUUUCCUCUGCUGCCGGAUCUUCAGCUCCAUUCGAUCCUCCCCCUCCAGCACCUUUGACAGGAGCGCAGCCACCACCUCCUUCUCUCGCUGCCGCUCCACCUCCCCCAGUUCCACCACCCCCUGCUCCACCUCCGCCUGCUUACCCUGGAAGCGCUGUGCCACCUCCCCCUCCUCCACCCCCCGCCCCCCCACCUCCUCCCCCACCGCCUCCCCCACCUCCUCCCGGUUCUGCCACCCCUCCGCCCCCCCUCCACCCCCUCCACCUCCUGGCGCUCCCCCGCCUCCUCCCCCACCCCCUUGCCCACCUGGGGCGCCUCCCCCUCCUCCCCCACCUCCUGGAGCUCCCCCUCCUCCUCCCCCACCUGGGAGGGGUGCACCUCCCCCUCCUCCCCCUCCCCCUGGCAGGGGCGCUCCUCCCCCUCCCCCACCCCCUCCUGGAGGCCGGGGUCCCCCUGGUCCCCCACCCCCCCCUCCCCCCCCUGGCGCACCAAGAGGUCCCCCAGGUGCCCCUCCUCCUCCCCCUCCCCCUGGAUUCAAAGGUCCCCCGCCCCCACCUCCCCCUGGGGGAAAGAUUCCCCCGCCUCCUCCCCCAGGGGCUGGGAGAGGGGCGGGUGUGGGGCACUACCAGCAGCAUUCUGGUGUUGCUGCUCCGGUUGCUGUUGUGAGGAAGACGCCCCUCAAGUCGUUCUACUGGGGCAAGGUGGUGCGGCCUGUGGAGGAUAGUCUGUGGGCGGUGUCGCAGAGAGACCCAGAAAGCACUGUGUA